UAAGUAAUAGAGCAAUCUUUACCAAGGAAUGUACGACGCAUCUCCCACCAAACACCGCCGCGAUCGAAUUCCUAUUUUCCUUCAAAAUCCCUUUGAGAUUCACUUUUUUAUAUAUAUUUCUUCAAACCUCGGAAAUUCGUAAGAACCCAAUACAAAUUGGAGCAAUUCGUCUCUGAGAAGAGGUAAUAUUUUUCCUAUCAAUUUCAAUUCACACCCCAAUUGUAUAGGUUUAGCUUAGGGAUAGUUAUCCAACAGUUUCUUUGAUUUGUCGUGAGAAAAAGGUUAUCUUUGGUCUCCAAUUUUCUCUGUGAAUUCAAGGGUUCCGCUUUGUUUUAUAGGACUCUCAUACUGCUGAUUUCCCGGGGUGUGAUUGAAUUUGUAUUGUGGGUUAUUUAUUUUAACCUAGGUUUUUUGUUGUAUAGUUGAUUUACUAGGGGAUAUAUAUUCUUUUGGAAGGGGAUCGGUUAGGGUUUGAUCGAAUUGAAGUUGGGUGCGUUGUGGGAUUGGUGUAAAAUCUGAUAGUUGUCUCAAAUUCGGCUUUAGGGCAGAAGAAUUAUUUUUAUGGCAUUUGAAUGCCGAAAGCAUACUGAAAAUCGUUUAACAAAUAGUCCAGCAGAUUUUUCAGAUUGUUUUGCCAAUGUACAAGUUGAUAGUAAGGCAAUCAAUUCCACUGACAGAGGAAAGAGUGCUGCAAUUGACACUGGAAAAUUAAGGCCUAGAUCAAAGUUGAAUGGAAAAGGGGGGAUUUUGAGCUCAACGAGUCAAAAUUUGGUGUUGAAGAGUCAAAAUUUGGUGCCUGCUACUGAUCUUGUAUCAAGCUUCUGCCAAUCCAUCACUGAUCUCCCGCAAGUACUGAUUUCUGAAAUUUUCAACUGCCUGGACCCUAAAGACUUGGGCAUUGCGUCCUGUGUUAGUAAGUUUCUUUAUAAGCUUGCAUCUGAGCAUCACGUGUGGAAGAAAUUCUACUGUGAAAGGUGGGGGAUUCCAGUAGCCCCAUGCCUGGGGCUGCAGGAUGCAGAUGAGAAAUCAUGGAAAGAUUUGUUUGUGGAGAAGGAGUUUCGAAGUAGAACUUUUCUGGGCCGUUUUACUAGUGACAUGCUGUGCGGACAUAAGGAUGCUGUGUUAACUGUUAGUGUUUUAGCUUCCAAGAAGCUUAUUUUUACUUCAGGUUAUGAUCAAGUAGUGAGGAUGUGGAAUAUGGAAGAGGGGAUGUUUAUUGCAUCAUCUCGGCCUCUCGGGUGCACAAUUCGUGCUGUUGCUGCUGAUACAAAGCUAUUGGUUGCUGGUGGUACUGAUGGUUUCAUACACGGAUGGAAAGCAGAGGAUGGAAAUCCUAAUUUGUUUGACAUUAAGGCUCAAAAUCAAAACUUGGAGUUUCGUAUAUGGGAACACGAAGGUGCAAUUACAUGUCUUGCCCUUGAUUUUGCUAGGAUUUACAGUGGUUCUUGGGACAUGACUGUCCGGAUAUGGGAUCGGUCCAAUCUCAAAUGUUUGAACGUUUUGGUGCAUUGCGACUGGGUUUGGAGCCUUGUCCCUCAUGAAAACAAUUUGGCAAGUUCUGCAGGUUCAGAUGUUUAUGUUUGGGACUCUACUUCCGGGAUUCAACUGGCUGCUAUCAACAAUGCUCAUAAAGGCAAUGCAUUUUCUUUGGCAAGAAGUCACACUGGAAAGCUCUUAUUUACUGGAGGGGAAGAAGGGGACAUUCACAUGUUUGAGAUUGCCAGUGACGAGAGUUAUGACGUUCGAAAGAUUGCAAAGUGGAGACCUCAUACUGGUCCAGUUCAUUCUCUUGCAUUUGAAUUUCCUUGGCUAGUUGCAGCCUCUAGUGAUGGGAAGGUUUCACUGAUUGAUGUGAGAAACUUAAUGAGGACGAACAAGGAUUUGUCAACUGGAAAUUCUUCCGAAGAUGUUGACCUGGAUGAGAAAAGUGUGGAGCCCCCACAGAGAAUGCUGCAUGGAUCUGACUGUACUCUGUUUUCCCUGGAUAUUGGUCCUGACCGUAUUGUAUGCGGGGGUGAAGAAGGUUUUGUAAAGAUCUGGAACUUCACUGGGGCUCUGGAGACAGAACAAAGAGUUCGAACAUUGAGAGGCUUAAGAUUAGAAAACAGAAUGAGAAGACGCAAGCUCCAAAUUGAUAUGAAUAAAAAGGCUGGCCGAAGUGAUCAAUGUUCGGUAGCUGUCAAGAAGAACCAAACUGUUGCUGACAGGAAUAGCUGGCACAAUAGGCGUAGGGUGAGCGGAAAAGUAAAUGCUUAAACUUUGAGUGAAAACUUCAUUGUCUCACCAGCUUAUGUGGUUUCACCUUUUAGUAAUCAAAUUUAUCAGUUGCAGCUAAUUCUUUUGGUUUUCUCUUUUCAUUUUCAAUCCUUAAUAUUGUUCUUACAUUAUAUAUAGAUGGAUGCUUUGAACCUUUGAUUCAAUGUACAUCCUUUUUCUUUUCUGGCUGUUAAGACUGUCUUUUGCCUGUGCUUUCUUUGUUUGAAACUGUUGAGUUAUUCGUAUUAUUGUCUUCUGUAGAAGUGUAGAUUCACUAAUUUCCUGAUUGUUGCUUCCAAUGUCGUGAU